AUGGACUUGGCACUCAAGGACUACCUCAAGAUGCAUGAUGUCGAUUUGGCGCCCGAGGAUAUCACGCUCAUCCCAUUAGAAGGCGAGGGCAAGGUCAUGAGCAGAGUUGAGAUACUUUAUGAAAAUUUGGUUAGGAAUGGAGCAUGGUUAAAGGCUUUACGGGAAGCUGACGUAGUAUUAAUCGCAACACACUCUCAAGGGACUCCCACAAGCGCACUUCUCACGGCCCGACUCAUUGAUAAAGGCAUGCUGCGUGUUCGAGAGGAUGAUCCCAAGAUGCAACGUGUAGGGAUUCUUGCCAUGGCUGGGAUCUCACAUGGCCCUUUCGCUUUCUUGAAAGGCAACUUGAUUGUCCGAUGGUUUGAGGCAGAAGCAGCGCAAGAGCUGUUUGAAUUUAUGGAUUCUGACUCGGAGAUCGCCAAGAAAUACCGUGAAGCUCUGGAGGUGAUUUUGACAUCUGGUGUCCGGCUUACAUUGGUGGCUUCCAUGGAAGAUCAAGUUGUGCCACUCUACUCUGCAGUCAUGACCGCAGUUCAUCAUCCAUCGAUUGUGCGUGCGGUAUACAUUGAUGGAGCCAGUUAUCAGGAUGACUUCCUGACAAAUUUAAUUUCAUUUUCAUUGAGGCUUCGGAACUCGGGGAUGAAUGAUCAUGGAGUAUUAGUGCAUUUGAGCGAGGCAGUGGCCGGAAGUAUCUAUGGCGAAGGACACUCCACAAUUUAUGAAGAGCGCGAGGUUUACAUGCUUGCUAUUCGUGCAUUGCUGGAGCCUCCUGAGAGUUUAACGUCAGAAAUGAUAAGGAGUGAACCAAUUUUUUCACCCUUUCGAGCCAAACAGGGUCUAAAUCCUUUUUAUCUGCCAUGGGGAAUGCGAGGAGUUAUAGAUGAGAUCAGGGCAAUGGAUAAUGAAGUUCUUAACAAGGAAGUAGAGCGGCUCAAAAAGCUUUAUGACGAGUGGAAUCCAGUGUCCAAGACAAUGAAGGAAAUCAAAUUCAGGCUUGAGCCUGUGCGCUCCAAGCUCUGA